GGCAAGGCGGAGAGGACGGCCACCGUAGAGGCGGCCCGGACAUGGCGCAGAGGCCCGGCCCCGGGGGAAGAUGAAUAAAGGGUGGCUGGAGCUGGAGAGCGAUCCAGGCCUCUUCACCCUCUUGGUAGAAGAUUUUGGUAAGACUGUGCAUUUCGUUGUUCGUCGCGGCCCCCGUUGUCUUGAGGCGUGCCGUGUGGCACCGGCACUGACCCCUCUUUCCCCCUCUGCAGGUGUUAGAGGGGUGCAGGUUGAGGAGAUCUAUGAUCUUCAGAGCAAGUGCCAGGGACCCGUGUAUGGGUUCAUCUUCCUGUUCAAAUGGAUCGAGGAACGCCGGUCCCGCCGCAAAGUCUCCACCCUGGUGGACGAGACUUCAGUGAUCGAUGAUGACAUUGUGAAUAACAUGUUCUUUGCCCAUCAGCUGAUCCCCAACUCUUGCGCUACUCACGCCUUGCUGAGCGUCCUGCUGAAUUGCAGCAAUGUGGACCUGGGGCCAACGCUGAGCCGCAUGAAAGACUUCACCAAAGGAUUCAGCCCUGAGAGCAAAGGAUACGCAAUUGGAAAUGCUCCUGAACUGGCCAAAGCACAUAACAGCCAUGCAAGGCCUGAACCACGUCACCUUCCUGAAAAACAGAAUGGGAUCAGUGCUGUACGAACCAUGGAGGCCUUCCACUUCGUCAGCUAUGUUCCCAUCAAGGGGCGGCUUUUUGAACUGGAUGGACUGAAAGUGUACCCCAUUGACCACGGGCCUUGGGGUGAAGAUGAAGAGUGGACAGACAAAGCCAGGAGAGUCAUCAUGGAACGAAUUGGCCUGGCCACAGCAGGGGAACCGUAUCACGACAUCCGCUUUAACCUGAUGGCGGUGGUGCCCGACCGCAGGAUGAAGUACGAGUCCAAGCUGCACAUCCUGAAGAUGAAUAGACAGACGGUGCUGGAGGCCCUGCAACAGUUGAUCCGUGUAACCCAGCCAGAGCUAAUUCAGACCCAAAAGUCCCAAGAGGCUCAGGCUCCUGAAGAUCCAAAACCAGGCAGCAGCAAGGCCCCAGCAGUGCUUGAUGCAAACAGGACUCACCUGGCUGCUGAGAGCUCUCACGCCGAUGGGGCCGAAGAUAUGGCUCGGCCAUGCCAACAGGCCGCCACCAAUAGCCCUCCCAACAAAUCCAAACUGGCCGUGAAGCCUCCCGUGAGCGGCCUCAAUGGAGCUUCGGCCAACCCCAGCCCCAUUGUUCAGCGGCUGCCAGCUUUCCUGGAUAACCACAACUAUGCCAAGUCUCCCAUGCAGGAAGAAGAGGACCUGGCUGCGGGCGUGGGCCGCAGUCGCGUCCCAGUCCGUCAGCACCAGCAGUACUCUGACGACGAAGAUGACUACGAGGACGAGGAGGAAGAGGAUGCGCGCAACACCAACUCUGCCCUCAGGUACAAGCGAAAGGGGCAGGUGAAAAAGGAGGCUCUGAUGGGGUCCUCAGAUGGUCAGCUGUCUGUCCUCCAGCCCAACACCAUUAAUGUCCUUGCCGAGAAGCUCAAGGAGUCCCAGAAAGACCUCUCCAUCCCUCUGUCCAUCAAAACCAGCGGUGGAGUGGGGAGCACCACUGUGGCGGGGCCCCCGCACUCCCAGCCCUCACCCACACCCAGCAAUGAAAGCACAGACACUGCCUCCGAGAUCGGGAGUGCCUUCAACUCCCCUCUACGGUCCCCCAUCCGCUCGGCCAAUCCCACGCGCCCAUCUAGCCCCGUCACCUCCCACAUCUCCAAGGUGCUCUUCGGGGAGGACGACAGCUUGCUGCGUGUGGACUGCAUGCGCUAUAACCGGGCCGUGCGGGACCUGGGACCUGUCAUCAGUACUGGCCUGCUGCACCUUGCUGAGGACGGGGUGCUCUGCCCCCUCAUCAUCACAGAAGGGGGAAAAAGCUCCCCGAUAUCCAGCAGACAAAGCGAGCUUGCUCAAGUGGUUGUCAAGGUGGAGGAGAAACCAUUGCCUGAGUCGAGUGACAGUAAAGGAACGAGCAGGAACGUGGAGCAGCCGGGUGGAGAGAAGUAUUCCCCUAAAGAGCUGUUGGCUUUGCUGAAGUGUGUGGAGGCAGAGAUUGCAAACUACGAAGCCUGCCUCAAGGAAGAAGUGGAGAAGAGAAAAAAGUUUAAGAUUGAUGACCAGAGAAGAACCCAUAACUAUGACGAGUUCAUCUGCACCUUUAUCUCCAUGUUGGCGCAGGAAGGAAUGCUGGCCAACCUUGUAGAGCAGAAUAUCUCUGUGCGGCGGCGGCAGGGUGUCAGCAUCGGCCGACUCCAUAAGCAGCGGAAGCCCGACCGCCGGAAACGCUCCCGCCCAUAUAAAGCCAAGCGCCAGUAAGGAGACCAACUGGCCUUGGGCUCCCCCAGGCCUUUUUUUUUGUUUUAACCGUGGGGUUUUAACCAAGGAAGCAGGUAUUCAUGUAUCCUAUUUAAGAGGAGUUGUGCUGAGGAACAGUCUGCUCUUCUCAACUCCUCUUCCCAAUGUUGUUGAACAGUCCAACCGGGAAGUUUCCACUUUCCCAUGGAACUCGGGUAUUCCUCACACGUCGGUCACACUACAGCCCAUCCUGUUGAUUCUGUAAAGAGAGGGUCAGCUCAGCAGAGUCGUCUGAUGCCCCCAAGAACCCUGACUUUUCUAAGAGCAGGCCAGCUAGAGCUCUCGAUGGCUAAAUCCCUUGAGAGGAUGAACCCGGAGCCCUGCUACAGCAGCAGCAGCAGCAGCGGUUGGUAUAGUAUGAACUCUGAGCCACUCCUCUGGUCCUCCCUGGAUGCGGUUGGUCACUUAAGCCUAACACAGCUGGCUGUGCACAACAAAUUCCAAGGUCACCUGAGCUUCCUACUUGGGGCCAAGGUCCUGACUCUUUCCUUCUCUCCCUCCCCCACUUCUGUGACAGCAGAAUAUAUAUUUUAUAUAGCAGAAAUGUAUAUUUUUCUUGGUUCUGAUCAGUCUUGCCACCACUGUAUUGAACAUAGGAGGCUUCUGAAAGAAACGUCCACCUUCUGGGCAGCAGCUGCCUGGUGUUGUCACUAUUUAGAUUUGGCUUUCCUUCUCCGGCCCCAAAGGGACGGCUGUUCUCUCUCCCGUAAUCUCCUCUCCCCCGAACAAUCCCAAUCGCCUUGAUUGCCUGUGACCUUCUCUCCUUUCUGUGAGCUUAAUUAAUCAAUCAAUAAAUUAAUCAAUGGUAUUCAUUGAGCAAUGUACAAAGCUUUUGGGAGGGUACUAGUCACUCGAGUUGGUAGAUGUGAUCCCUGCCCUCGAGGAGCAAGAAACCUCACCAAACAGCCUAGUGGGGGAAACAGACAUUAAAAUGAAUCACAUAUAGGGGAAAUGGCAGAUUAUAAGGCUAAGAUGCAAGCCAGAAUUGCAUCAUCACGCUGUUUGGACUCUUCAGUCCAAUUGGAUUAAGCUGAGACAAGGUGUUUUUGUUUGUUUUGGGUUUUGUUUUAAAUUCUUCUAAUUUCUGCAAGUUCAGUGGCUUCCUCUGGAACCAUGGUUUGCCCAUUGGUCCCAUGUGAGAUAGGGAAACAAGGCAUAAACUAGCUUGACCAGUCCCAGCUGCUUUCUACAGUCACUACAACCAGUGGCCUGGACAGGCCACAGAGAGGGCUGAUGCAGAGCUCCAUGGGCUUUAGUAAUAAUAAUGAUGGCAUUUAUUAAGCGCUUACUAUGUGCAAAGCACUGUUCUAGCAGCUGAUCGUGGGGCAGUAACAGAUGACUGACGGGUUUUCUUUGGCUUCAAGAGACAUCGCAUCAGGAAUCGAUUAGUUAAUUUAUGGUGUGCCUAGUGUGGGCUGAGCACUGUACUAGGCGCUUGGGAGAGAACAGUACAGUAGGGUUGGUAGACAAGUUCCUUGUCCACAGGGAUCUUAGAAGCAAGUGUGGCAAAUGAACCCGUCUCUUGGUGGCAGUGUUUUUGAGAUGUGAACUUUGUUGUCUGCUCCCCUGGGGAGGCCAGGUGUGUGUAAAGGAGGAGGAGGAGAAGAAGAAGCUAGCCGCUACUGCUGCUAUAGUAUUAUGUCGCAAGGGUUCAUUGGGCUCCGUCGGCUCUGCGGAGAGGUUACUGCUGUGAGAGGUUGCGAGAUGUCAAGAAGGGCUGUCCGUGCCUAUGGCAGUAUUAUAUGGGCUUCCUGCCACUACCGACUAGCCGAGGGCCACCACAGGGGUCCUAGCCUGGGGGGCCUGCAAAUUGGGCUGUGGGCACAUGUGGAGGGUCCUUGGACAGCUUGGGUAGGAAAAAGCCCCUUUUCUCCCCUUCCCCAGUCCCAGUUCCACGAAGCUGUUGUCACUGGUACCUUUAGUUUUGACUGCUGCCACCUCCUCCUCCAGUAUGAACUGCCAUUGCGAAGGAGUUGCUUGGCAGUAAAGAGGAAGGAAAGAUUUCUUCAGCUGCCUCGAGGGUGGCUCGAAACUGGGCUGUCCAGGUGAAAUGAGGUCAGGCACUAAGAUGGAGCUGCAGGGAAAGGAUUUUACAAGGGCCUAGCUGGCCAAAUCCCAGGAGCCCCCUAGAAGAAGACCAGCAAAGGCAACUGCCCGCUUCCCUCAGCUCUGGGGCCGGUACCCAGCUCUCGUGCGUGCUGGUUUCCAAGCAGUUCUCACGAAGGCUGAAGCCAUACUGUGCCUAAAGAGGUCCAGAGAUGAAGGCAUUGCUAAAAAAAAAAAAAAAUCUAUCCUCCGUUAUCAGUAUUGGGUCAAACUGUUCUAUGUUUUCCCCUCCUGCUGAAGUGGGUUUGUUCUGCUUCCUUGGUUUCCUCCUUUGUAUUCUUUCUGGUCCCCCUGGCAACAAUGUUUCUCUCGGCCCUCUGCCUUCUCCCUUCUCCCUCUCUCCUUGUAGCCCUCGGUGAAGGCUGAGCGACUCCCUCCCGCUUCUCCCCACUCUCCGCCCUCCCCGUGCUUAUUAUGGCUGGGCGAGGGACUGACAGUCCUUCUGGUCCAAUAUCCCCAAAGAGCUUGCUGAACUGGCGUGGUUUUUUUUAAGUACCAGGGCAGGCCAGCUUCUCCAGAGCCACUCACACUUGGUGUUGCGCUGGGGAAAAAUUCCUCAUAGGUUUGAUAUACGUACAGAUGUGAUUAGGGUUUGGUGUGACACCCAUCGUGCUUUGCUGAAGCAAGCUGCCUGAUUCAUAGCAAUCCCUGUCCGUACCUGACCUGCCAAUGAAUUAAUAAAAUUCUUCUGUGAUUAAC